AUGCACACCGCCUUCGACUGCGUCCCGCUCCUCGAAGGCUACCGCGACAGGCCCGAGGCCAUCCUGGUCCACGGCGCAAAACUCUUCCUCGGCUCCUCGACCGGCAACCUCUCCGUCUACCGCAUCGAUGCAACCCGCAAUACCACCGCAGAGACCCGCGACGCCAAAGGGCAAGGCCGUCAACGCGGCGAUGCGGGCCCCGGCGACUCGUCCUUCAGCAACUCGUCGUCGAUCCAGCCGCGCUCCGUCUCGGAGCCCAUCCAGGUCUCAAAGGGCUUCUCGCGCCGCGCCAUCGAGCGCCUCGGCGUCAUCAAGGAGACAAACACCCUCGUAUCCCUCUCCGACGGCUACGUCUCACUACACGACCUCUCCACCCUCGGCCCACAGAUGCAGCUCGCACAGACAAAGGGCGCCCUCACCUUUGCCAUCGACACCUCGAUCCAGAAACAACUCGCCUCCCGCGCGCCCGACUACGGGCCCGGCCCUCUCGGAGGCAUGGCCUCCAUCCGUGGCUCCCGAUUUGCACCUGGUGGCGCCGGCACCCUUGGUCAAGCUUUCCGCCCAGGCGCCGCCCUCGACGCCGGCUCCACAGUCGGCGGCGGUUCAGCCUCCAGGACCCGCGCCAGACUGCCCGACUCUCCCUCUCGAGGCUGGCAGUCGGCCAGCCUGCGCGGCAUGGACGCCAUCAUCAAGCACAAGGAAGAGGAGCGUAGGCGGGCCGUCGAGGGAGCCCGCAUCGGAGGCGCUGGCGGUGCCGGCAACGCAACCGGCGAUCCCAACGAGGGCAUCAUGACGCUCGUCUCCGUCCUCGCCGUCGGCUCCAAGCGCAAGGUCACCCUGUUUCGCUGGGUCGACGGCGAGUUCUGGGACACGCGCGAGGUCCCGCUCGCCCACACGCCGCGCCACCUCGCCUUUCCCACGCCGACAAAGCUCUUCAUGGGCUACAACGCCUCCGAGUUCGGCGUGCUCUCCGUCCCUCUGGCGUCCGAGUCGACCGUGGCUUUCACGCACCCGGCUUCGCAAGGGCCCAAGAACGGCGCCAGCGUACGCCGCGAGGUCCACGCCCAGCCUCCUCCCAGCUCCUCUUCGGGCCCUCUGGUCGACCUCACCGCCCAAGGGCCCGACGUGUGGGACGUCUGCGACUUUGAUCUGCCCAGCACCGCAUCCGAAACGUCCGGGAGCUCGGGCCAGGCGUCUUCGGGCGUCGGUGGCGGUCUCGGUGCAGCCUUCGGCGGUCUGGGCGGCUAUAUCGGCAUGGCGGGAAAGGGCAAGUCGACCGUCGUCCAGAUGGACGGUGGCGAGGUGCUGGUGAUGAGGGACCAUGCCGGCAUCUUCUUUGGCGCCGAUGGCAAGCCCACCCGCCGCGACGGCAUCGAAUGGCCGGCCGCGCCAGACGAGGUCGCGUACGCCAAGCCCUACGUCUUUGCGGUGCUGCCCGGGGGAUCAGUGCCAUCGCUCAAGCAGUCGUCGGCACCCAACGCCGCCUUUCCCGUGCUGCAGGUGCGAUCCGCCAGCACGCUGAUCGCUGUGCAGACCCUCUGCUUCCCGCCCCUUCUCUCGCCGACAUCGCCGCCCGGCUACUCGGCCCCACCCUCGGUCCGCCUGCUCACCACGUCGGCCUCGAACAAGCCGCCCAUCUACGUCGUCGUCUCACCCACCGACCGCGGAGCGCAGGAAAGGGACGGCAGCACCGUGUGGCGGCUCGACAUGCACGGCUGGAGCCAGCAGAUCGACGAGCUGCUGCAAAAGGGCGAGUUCGAGGAGGCGCUGGCGCUGCUCGACAGCGUCGACGAGGUCAUCCUCGAGGACAAGGCCGAGCGGCGAGCGCUGGUCCAGGGCCUCUACGGCGUCUAUCUCUUCUCGCAGAACAGGUUCGACGAGGCCGUCGAGAUCUUCACCGAGCUCGAGAUGAACCCGGCCAAGGUGCUCGCCCUCUAUCCGCCCAACGUCGCAGGAGACCUUUCGAGGAGCCGCGACGAGUGGCUGCCGAUCUUCGGCGGACCCAACGUGGCAAAAGUCGCCGACAUCGAGCCGCCCUCCGCGGCGACGACGACAGGGACAAGCUCGCUGUCGUCGUCGCCAGCGGGUCGCAGCGCCAACGCCGGGAUCGUUCAGCCGACGCCGAGGAGCAAGCUGAGCGCGCUCCUGACCGGCAUGCGACCGCAGAGCAUCAUCGGCGAGCCAUCCGCACCGCCAUCACCCGGCAGAGGGAGUCCAGCGCCUGCACCGAGCCCCUCCAGGGACGCUCGAGGGCGAUCGACCCUGGCUGGCGAGUCCGACAACGCCGACACGGCGUCGAUCCGCUCUGUCAGGACGACGCGGGACUCGAGACAGCCGCAGCAGAGGGGCAAAGAGCCUGCUGCGGGAACAUCUGCCGAAGAUAUCCGGCGAAAGUCGCUCGACGCCCUGGGCCGGUUCCUCGCGGAUCGCCGGCGGAUUUUCAAGCCGAUCCUCGAGUCAUUGCCGCACCUCGAGUCCAAGGACCACAUGACUAUGUCGCAGAUCAAGCACGACAGCGACUGGCUGCUCUCGCUGCCCAACAAGCCGCUGGGCCAGCUGGAAAAGGGCGAGCUGAUGGCGGUGGCUCAGACGGUCGACACGGCCCUUUUCAAGACCUUCCUCGAGACCAAGCCAGCGCUCGUGGGCCCGCUGUGCCGCGUGGAAAACUGGUGCGAGGUGGAGCAGGUCGAAGGCCUCCUCAAGGAGCGCAAGAAGUUGUCGGAGCUCAUCGCCCUCUACGGUGGCAAGGAGAUGCACGGCAAGGCGCUCAACCUGCUCCGCCAAUUUAGCGAAGACGAGGACGACGACGAGGAAAAGGUGGGGCCGACGAUCCGCUACCUGCAGAACCUCGGCCCAGAGUUUAUCGAGACGAUCCUCGAUGCGUCGCACUGGGUCCUGGAGCGCGAUCCGAAGCUCGGCAUGGAGAUCUUCAUGGCCGAUACGGGCAAGGUGGCGUCGCUGCCGCGCAGCGACGUCGUGGCCGACCUGGAACGCUUUGACGAAGACCUCUGCGCGACGUAUCUCGAGCACAUCAUCAACGUCCUCGACGAGGGCGAUCCAGAAUUCCACGACAAGCUCAUCCGGCUCUACCUGCGCAAGGCCAACCGGCUAUCGUCGCAACGGAGACACAGCGAGGGCGGCGCCGAUGGCGACGAGGCUCGGCAGCGGCAGCAGCAGCGGUCCGAGGUGAUGGCCAAGCUGCUCGCGUUCUUGCGACGCUCGUCGCAGUACCGGCCCGAGCUGAUCCUGGGCCGCGUGCCCGCCGACGACGACGACCGGGACAUGUUCGAGGCGCGCGCGCUGCUGCUGGGUCGGAUGGGGCAGCACGAGGGCGCGCUCGGCAUCUACGUGCGCAAGCUCAAGGACCUCGAUCGCGCCGAGGGCUACUGCCGGGAUGUGUGGAGCGCGCGGAAGCGGCUGGACGAGGCGGAGCGGCUGCGUCGAGCCACGCUGGGUUACCUCGGACGCACUCCGCAAGAGGCACUGCAGCCACGGCAGCCGCAGACGCAGACGAGGCAGGGCGGCAGCCGGCAGGCCACCUCCACCGGUGGCGGUGACCGGGGCCGCGAGAGGGACAUGACGGACGAGCAGCGGAGGAAGGCCGACGAGGGCGUCUUUUUGACGCUGCUGCAGGUCUACCUUCGUCCAAACGGCGGCGGCGCUGGCGAGGGCAAGACUGCAUCGGCUGCGGCGAUGACCGCGCAACCGUCGUCUUCCUCCUCAUCGGAGGGCCACCAGCUGGAGGCUGCGCUAUCUCUGAUCCAGCGCAAUGCAUCGCGGAUCGACCUGAUCAGCGCACUGGAGCUGCUACCGCCGCUCGUCUCGCUGCAGUCGCUCGAGAGCUUUGUGCGGCUCAACCUGCGCGACCAGACGCGGCGGGAGAACGAGGCAAAGGUGAUCCGCCAGAUCCAGACGAUGCGCGACCUCCAGGUCGACGAGACCCUGUGCCGCCUGCAGAGCCGCCGGGUCAAGGUGGGCGAGAUGCGCACCUGUCCGCGCUGCCACAAGCGGCUGGGCAACGCCGUCGUCGCCGUCGAGCCGCUCAGCGGCGCCGUGCUCCACUACUUUUGCAUGCUCAACAACCCGGACCACGCCCCGGGCGAUCGUGGUGGGCCAGAGUACUGA